AUGGCGAAAGGGAAGUUACGUUCACAAGGGAAGAAAUUAUCGACGGUUACGCUGAUUUUCUGGACUCUUUUCAUGCUUACACUGGUCAUUAUCUUCCUCCUUGCGCUUGGAAUUGUUUAUCUUCCUAAUACAAGCGAUGAUUCUUCAACUACAGAUCUCAGUUCCUUCAGACGCAAAACCUCUGAAAGUUUGACGGAAAGGAAGGAGCAGUGGACUGAGAUUCUUUCUUGGGAGCCGAGAGCUUUCAUCUAUCAUAAUUUUCUGUCAAAAGAAGAAUGUGAGUACAUGAUCAAUCUUGCCAAGCCUUUCAUGGAAAAAUCAAGUGUUGUUGAUAGCAAGACUGGAAAGAGUACAGAAAGCAGGGUUCGAACUAGUUCAGGAAUGUUUUUGAAGAGAGGAAAGGACAAAACUAUCCAGAAUAUUGAAAAAAGAAUUGCGGACUUUACCUUCAUACCAGUAGAGAAUGGAGAGGGACUUCAGGUUCUUCACUAUGGAGUUGGGGAGAAAUAUGAGCCUCAUUAUGAUUACUUCCUUGAUGAGUUCAACACUAAGAAUGGGGGCCAACGAGUUGCAACAGUUCUUAUGUAUCUGUCUGACGUUGAAGAAGGUGGUGAGACCGUAUUUCCUGCUGCUAAGGCCAACUUUAGUUCUGUGCCAUGGUGGAAUGAUUUAUCUGAAUGUGCUAGAAAGGGUCUAUCAGUGAAAGCAAAAAUGGGUGAUGCUCUGCUGUUUUGGAGCAUGAGGCCAGAUGCCUCACUAGAUGCAUCUAGUUUACACGGCGGUUGCCCGGUAAUUAAAGGAAAUAAAUGGUCUUCAACAAAGUGGAUGCAUCUUGAGGAGUACAAAGUUUAA